AUGUUGACAGUGCGAGAAUACCAAAGAAAAUUUAGAAAUAAAUUAAAUAUCAAUGUCGAUUGGAAAGCUCCGAAAAUAUUACUGAAGGAAAAUCAGGAAACUCUGUUAAUUGCAGCUGACAGAUCGGGUUUGUUCUUUGGCAUAACGAACAUGGAAUUUCCGGAAUACGCUAGAACUCACGAAGUUCGAAUACUUGCGACAAAGAUGCGAUUGAAAAUAUUUGAUCCAUAUCUCUUCUUAAUGUAUUGCGAUUAUCGAUACGCCACAGUCAUGGCUGUAAAUGGCCGAGGACCAGAUACAGAUGAAUUGAAAAGGUUAGAAGCUGCUACUAUACCUUUCAAAGGGCAAGGCCUACCAGUGACCAGGAAUUUGAAGUAUGAGAGAAUGAGACUUGAAGCACGGGUACAACGGAAAUUAGAAAUGGAUUUACGGUAUCCUGAACCUACCACUGAACCAGAUAUUAAAGUUGAACCACAGGAAUUACUCCCCAGUAGAAGAACAGAUAAAAAAUAAUAUACAAAAAAGGAAAGUUAAUAUACAAAAUUAAUUCAUCCUCUUAGUAGACUUUGUUGCUGUGCAAUAAGACGCGGGCUUUAAACACUUACUUGAUUUGUUGCAAAAUGUCUGUAUUUUUUACGUUGAGUUGUUCUGCAAUAUUUCAAUUAAUAGUAAAAAUAUUGCUUGUUUGUGAUUAUUUUACAGUUAUUAUUACAUAUAAAA